CCGGGCCGGGGGUGGAGCCACGGGCUGGGGGGUCGGGGUGAGGUGGAGACCUCCCCUUCCCUUCUCGAGCGAGCCGGAGCCGGGGAAGGCGCUUCCACUACUACUGCUGCCCCGCCGGUGCCGCCUGCUGCCUGCAGCAUGAUCUGGAAAACUCUCCCGCUGCUCUGCGCCCUGCUGGCCGCCGGCCGCCUGCGAGCCGAGGCUGACUGGGAAAGUCCCAAUUCUCACCAAGGGACGCUCAACAAGGGCCAGGAAGAGCCAAGGAGCAAAUCUAAGAUCUGUGCCAAUGUUUUCUGUGGAGCUGGGCGUGAGUGUGCAGUGACGGAGAAGGGAGAGCCAACCUGCCUUUGCAUUGAGAAAUGCCAUCCUCACAAGAGGCCUGUGUGCGGGAGCAAUGGCAAGACGUACUUGAACCACUGUGAGUUGCACCGUGAUGCCUGCCUCACUGGCUCUAAGAUCCAGGUGGAUUAUGAUGGCCACUGCAAAGAGAAGAAGUCUGAGAAUCCAGCUGCAAGUCCAGUUGUCUGCUACCAGUCGGACAGGGAUGAGCUUCGUCGCCGGGUCAUCCAGUGGCUGGAAGCUGAGAUUAUCCCAGAUGGGUGGUUCUCCAAGGGCAGUAACUACAGUGAAGUCCUGGACAAAUAUUUCAAGAGCUUUGAUGAUGGUGAUUCUCGCUUGGACUCCACUGAAUUCCUGAAGUUUGUGGAGCAGAAUGAGACUGCCAUCAACAUCACCACCUACAUGGACCAGGAGACCAACAAGUUGCUCAGGGGACUCUGCGUAGAUGCCCUCAUCGAGCUGUCAGAUGAAAAUGCUGAUUGGAAGCUCAGCUUCAAUGAAUUUCUCAAGUGCCUCAGCCCAUCCUUCAACCCACCAGAGAGAAAGUGUGCCCUGGAAGAUGAGACCUAUGAGGAUGGAGCAGAGGCCCAGGUGGAGUGCAACCGCUGCGUCUGUGCCUGUGGGAACUGGGUGUGCACUGCAAUGACGUGCGAGGGGAGGAAUGAGAAGGUACCUGCUCAGAUACACCAACCUGAUCAAGAUUUGACUGAGGAGGAGAUGGCCAGAUACAUUCAAGAACUGCAGAAGCAUCAGGAGACGGCUGAGAAGACCAAGAGAAUGAGCACUAAGGAGAUGUAAGGGGCCUCCACAGCGGAGGAGCCCAGGAGGAUGGGCCCAACCUGCCACCCUGUCCUCCAGUGCUGAUCUCAGUAUGCACAAGUGUCUGCUACAAUUGCCCAGUCACAGAUAUUUACAUGUAUAGCAAUGGGUUAUUAGUUUUGUAAUACACAAAGAAUGGGGCCAGGAAAGGGAAACAGAGCCCACCUGUUCAGGGAGCUUCAUUGAUGGGACCUUGGAAGGCUGGGAAGGACUUACAGCAGCCUCUGGGACCCUUCCCCAGAGCAGACAGCUACUCCUUCCAAGAACUAACAGAUUUCUUGUUCCUCUGGAUCUGGGGAAAGGAUGGAGGUUACUGCUGGAUAGAAAAGGGGGUCUUCAGUCAAUACAAUUGUCAACACCAGCCUUGGCUGCAGAAAUGCAGGCCUGGCGGUUUUGUGGUUGAACAUGUGUGCUGCAGGGCAUCUUUAUUCAAGGACCUUACCCUUUGCUUUGAGCUCCUCAAAGCUGGUCAGCCUGGUGUGACACCUGGGAGUCAUGGUGCCAUGCUGCUGGCAUGAGUCCAGCACAUUCCUCCUUGCUUUCCACCAGACUGUCCCCAGCAGCUCCUCCAGUACAACGUAGGCUCCAACACAACAUGGUUCCUUUUGACGUCAUCUCACUCUUACUCUCCCUGCCCCCUCCUUAGAGGUGCUACCGUAUUUUUUUCUUAUCACAUUCACAUACUGACUCCCCUUUUUUUUUGGGGGGGGGGGGGGGUUAUUAUUUUAUUUCAUAUGAUAGUGAUUCAGCUUUUAUAUGUUUUGUAGCUCUAGAUCUUUCAAGAAAACCCAGCGUGUGGGUUUUUUUUAUUGACAGUGCUGUAAUGCCCAUGCACAGUUUGUAUCGCACUGCGCUCAGCCACUACAAACACCGCAGGCAAAUUGUAAGCCUUGCCCUACAGGGUAUUUCCCAGAUGGGGAUAGCAGUGUCCCUCAUGGGAAGAAGAGAUAGGGCUGGAUGUAAUUAGUUUCACCAGACACAGAUUGCUACUGCAGCUCUCUAGCUCUCAGUCCCUUAGCUAGCAUUGACCAUGUGCUGAAAGUCUGUGCCUCUCUAAAUUGCUCAAAGCAGUCUAGGGACAGAGGGACCAGGCAAUCCUAUUAGUACAAUAUCUUAAAAAACUUAACUAUGUAGAAAACUGUUUAGUUAUGCUGCUGGCAUUAUCUUGGGCUUUCCAUCUUCCUCUGGGGUGAGGCAGCAGCAUUAUUAUUUCAUUCCAGGUAUGAGUUUGGAGUCAGGGCUGGAAGCCUCAUUACUGAUGCAUUUCUCAAUGUCAUUGACCACUCUCACAUUCCUUCAUGGAUCAGUUUCAUCCUACAUGUUUCUCAGAGCAUUGAUCCUAGAUGUAAAUUAAAUGCUGUUUUGUUGAUAGUCACCUCUGUAGCCUGAAGCCCAGCUGAUUUUCUUAGGCAGUUGUCAAAUGUACUUUGUGCACACCUGAACAUCCAUGUUCCCUUUCAUUUCUAUGAUGUGCUUCCCAAGCAGUUGCAUGUGCCCUAAUGGACUGCUUGUGACUUCCAUCUUUCUGUUUGUGAGCAACUUCAGCAGUUGUUGCUGUGUAUCUUGCAGUCCUUAUUGCUUACUCAAGCAAAAUUCCACUUGCAUCUGCAAAAGCUUGUCUGGUUUGAGUGAAGAUCUACCUUCCCUUUUUUGCACAGUGCUUUCCUUGGAGAGGAGGAAUGAGCUGGUACCUAGCUUGGUUCCUCCUGUGCUCUUUCCCAUGAGCCAGAUGUGUUAAAGGCUGUCAGGUCUUUGAGCUGUUUUCCUGAUGUUAAGCCAGAGGACUUCCAUUGACUCUGGUAUACUGCCACUUUCCCAAUGAGAAUUAUAAUGUACCCUCCCAUGGGGGUUUUGGCAUUAUAAAUACAGAAGGAGACUCAGGUGUUUUUUCUCAUGAGGGCUUGGAUUUGAGGAGCUGUCACCUGUGAAGGUGAGAGGAAUGAGUCCAUAUGAGCUGAGAGUAAUGUGGACAGUGCUACACUGAGACAGAGUUAUUGUGUUCUGGUGGCACUGGAAGAAGCGGUUGGUGAAACAGGAGUACCCAUUAGACAUAGGCUUGCUCCCUCCCAAGAGUAGGGGUGAAAGGGCUUCAUGUGCUGGAUCUGGAGUCUCAGGAACAUUGUUAAUAAAUGUUUUGCUGUAUUCCAGCCCUGCUCUAAAAGGUAGUUAGUGCCUCCCAGAUCACUUUCUUCCAACUUAGGUUGUUAAAGUGCCUUAGAGAAAACACAACAGCUUGACUUACAGGCUUUCCCUGGAUGGGGAUAACAUCUUGUUCAGUCAGGAGUAUCUCCAACUGUGAAAACCAGAGCACAUGCUGGAAAGGGAGGCGAAUGCAUGGCUUCAGGGCUUCUGUAGACUGCACUGUUAUGUGUUCUCUGUCCCCUCCUGCCUGCUGUGGCUGUGCAGCCAUGUGGAUAGGGGUGGCUACUGGGGCAGAUGGAGAUGUGUGCUGGCAGCUGAGGUUUACAGAGCUUGCUCUUGCACUGAAGGUGGAGGGACAGUCUGUGGUCUCUAGCAAGCUGAGCUCUCUGAGAAGCCAUACAACAGAUCCCAGGGUAGCCUCGGGCAGCAGGCUGGGAGUGCAACAACAAUGCCUCUGGAAAGGGCUGCUGCCUAUGGAGCCUCUUCCUCCUUGUGCCCCCACAAAGGGACACAGUGGAAAGCGGGGCCUGUUCUAAGGGCAGCAGUUCUUAAAGGAGAUCAAAACAUCUCAGCUCCCUGCACAGAGGAGAAGGGCAGCACAGAAUGAGCAAUGCUUAGGCUUCUGCAGGCUGGUCAGUCACUAACUCCUGCAGGGUGACCUGGCUGCUGGGGAGGAAGUGCUGAAUUUCAGUCAUUGCCCUCUGGGACAGUUGCUGUACAGACUACAAGGGGCAGGGGAAGUGUUUUGUUUUGUUUUUCCCAAAAAAACCAAAUUUAAGCAACAAACAAAAAAGUCUGACUUCUCCCUCUAUAUUCCCUCCUGUACGUGUGUGAAAUUUAUCAGUAUUCUGUAGGUUUCCUUAGUGCACUUAUUUUACUUGAUUUUGUAAUUUUUUUGAAGCAGGGGCGUUUGGAUAUUACUGCCAAAUAAAUGAAACAAAAUUUUAAAAAGAACACUUGUUUGGUUUAUUUUUCACAAGCCACACAACUUGUUUUCAAAAAAAAUCAUGUCUUUGCACAUUCAUACAUAGAUUUCAGUGUGUUGGACAAAUGUGAGAUGUGAUUGUUUCUGUUUUAUAGCUGGGGAAUCAGGUGGAAAGAAUGCAUAGGCAAGUAAAAACAGCAACUAAAGACCUUGAAAAUGUGACUGAAUGGUGAAGUAGCCUUCAAUGGUGUUGUAUGACAGGAGGAAGUGUCCUACUAUUCAUCUCCCCUGUAAGUGUAAUGCCACUGCUGUGAGUGCGUCUGUGCAGAUAACAGUCUGCCAGAAGAGAAAGCUGCCUUGCUUUGUUCCAUUUGGUGUGCUCCUUCCAAAGCUGUUUUAAAAAAACUCUUAUUAAACAACUCACAAACA